AUGAGGGUCUCUAUCUUUUUGUGCGCAGGCUUGGCACUCCUUGCCCUCCUCGCGUCGGGCGCCGGAGCAAAGACGACGUGGGAUGCGCUCGAUCACUACUCGUUUGAUCGCUACGUGGUCGAAUUCAACAAGGCCUAUGCCUCCGAUGACGAGGUUGUGUCUCGUCGCGCCAUCUUCGAGUCGCGCCUGGCCGCCAUCAAGGCGCACAACCGCGACGCCUCCAAGUCGUGGAAGCAGGGCGUCAAUCAACUCACUGACCGAAGCGAGGCCGAGAUCAGGCAGCUUCUGGGCUACAACAAGGGGGUGGCCGCUGGCCUCGCCCCGAGGGGUGGCCUGCAGUGGGAAUCUGCAUGGACCGGCCUCAACGAGAUCGCCCAGAAGAUGCGAGCAGCGGCCAUUAACCACGUCGAUUGGCGCGAGAAGGGCGUCAUCUCGCCCGUCAAGGACCAGGGCCAGUGCGGUUCGUGCUGGACAUUCGGCUCGUCGGAGACGCUCGAGUCCUACUGGGCGCUGGCCACCGGUCAGCUGCCCAUCCUGUCCGAGCAGCACAUCCUCGACUGCAUCCCUAACCCCGACCAGUGCGGUGGCACCGGCGGCUGCGCGGGCGGCACUGCCGAGCUCGUCUACCGCGCCCUCAUGACCCAGUCCAGCGGACUGGCCUCCGAGUGGACUUACCCGUAUCGUUCGUACUGGGGCGAGGCCUUCCAGUGCUCCUUCAACACCACCCGCACUCCGGUGGUGGCCAAGGUCAAGAACUAUGUCGUGCUUCCCUCUAACAAAUACGAUCCCGUCAUCGAGGCCCUGACGACGACGGGUCCUCUGGUGAUCAACGUCGACGCUUCCUCGUGGCACGCCUAUGAGUCUGGUGUCUUUGACGGCUGCAACCAGACCAACCCCGACAUCAAUCACGUCGUUCAGCUUGUGGGCUACGGCACCGACGCCAAGGAGGGCGACUACUGGCUGGUCCGCAACUCGUGGUCGCCCGUGUGGGGCGAGAAGGGCUACAUCCGCCUCAAGCGCCGCUCCAACCCCAUUUGCGGCAUCGACCUCAAGCCCUCGGACGGCACCGGCUGCAAGGGUGGCCCCGCCACCGUCACCGUGUGCGGCGAGUGUGGUCUGCUCUACGAUGUCUCCUACCCCGUCGUCGCGACGGCCUAA